AUGAUAAAUGCUCACUCGGACCUUCUUCGCAAGGUGUAUGGAAGUUACUAUUUGUCUGAGUUGAUUGAAGCUCAAAGUGAUGAACUCAAAUGCAUUGUUGUGGAGAGUGAUCGUAGAGCUGUUGGAUUUAUAAGCGGAACAAGAGAUGUGAACAUUAAAAGCUUGAAUGAACAUUAUGAUUUGGAUGUAUUCAGUGGACUAGUGAAGUGUGACGGUCCUGCUGAAAAUAUGUUUCUGCCGUCAAAUGAAAAUGUCACCUCAAGGAAUGAUAAUGCAUUAAAUAAAGCAGGUCAUAUAUCAGCAAGUUACACAAGUACUGAGGAACAAAUCAAUUCGUUAGAGUUCAAUCAAUCACAUUAUGUUGAUUCUUAUCCAACAAACGGAAAUGCUCAAAAAUGUCACUGGACAAAAAGACUUUUACUUGAAAAUAGAACAAUGAAUGAUACAACCAAGUUAAAUUUAACAGAUUUUACAAAACCUAAUGCAUUUGCUAUACAAUGCUUUAUUAUGAAACCAGAAUAUGAGUCUAGAUAUAUGGACAUGUUACCGCUACUGUUUAGUCAAUUUCCUGAUUUAGAUUAUGCUAUAAUCUCAGUUCCUCGGAUGGUCAAAUGUUUUCCAAUGUUAAAAAGUUUCGUUCACUGCAGAAUAAGACGAAAUAAAGAUCCUGAGCAUGAAUUGUAUGUUUUUCAUCGGUCUGAACUUCACAGAGAUUUCAUUGUACGACGUGCAAAACGCUCUGAAGAGGAAGCCAUUAAAUCAUUAACUAGUUAUAUGAAUCCAUUGGAUCGGUCUUUAUUCUUAGCUGAUUUAAAUGCAUUCAUACAUGAUGGUAAACAUAAAGAUGGAACUCUAAUUUCAUGUUAUGUUGCUGUUGCUUUGGGCAAAGUUGUUGGUGUAGCAAUCUUACGCGAUGAAAAUAACAUAGAAUGGCUUCGAACUCAUUUUAACAUUGAAGAUUUUAUCUACUAUACACAUCAUGCUAGAAAUGAGCAUGUUUGCUUGUAUCAUUUUCUGCUGGCUGCCAAUUUCCAUUCGCAUACAUCAAUGUUUCUACGGGAAAUUUUGCGUCAAUCACGUAAAACAUGCAUUUACUAUCGUGUACCACCGCCAUAUGUAUAUGAGUCAUUCUAUGUUGAUACAACACUGAUAACUUGCCUAUCAAAAUUAACUCCUGUCAGUCCAAGAAGACAAAUUAAAUAUCCAAAAGCCUUAUUAAAUGAUAUAAAAGCACCAGAGAAAAGAGUUUUAGAAGAGGUGAAUUCAAUACCAGCCCUGUUUAUGACAACAGCAAAACUAUUAAUGGAACCGAAAGAAAUAAUCAAUGCUAGAAUAAUUGUCGUCGGUGCAUCAACAACCGGUUUAGCAGUACUUGAAACAUUAGCCACAUGUCCAUACAUUCGAUUCACGAAUCUAGUCCUGUUAUCUCCACAUGGACUUCCUGGAGAUACUCUGGAGAAAAUAGAUCCGCUGGCUUUCAAAUUUCUACCCUCAGAUCGUGGAUUUUCCGUCGAUCAUUUAAGUCAACUGGGAUUAAAAGUAUGCGUCAAUGUGGUUUAUGGGAAGCUUACAGCCAUUGACAGGAAAUUUAAGAGAAUAACAAUUUCAUCUGAAGAUAAGCUAUCCUACGAUUAUUUAAUUAUAACAACUGGAUUACAGUAUCAUGCUAUCUGUCCAACCAGUGGAUCAGGGGAUGUAGUUAAAGCAAAUGAGCGCAGCAUUACUAUUGGUUUUCAGCAAUACAAGCAUAAUGAUGACGAUGAUGAUGAUGAUGGUGAUGCCAGUGACAACGGUGCUAAAUAUCGUAUGGAUCGAAAAUUCACAAUUUUAAAUUCGCAUACACCACAACCGGAUAAUCUCUUCCUCAUUAAUGAUGUUAAUGAUGUCCUACCAAUCAUUGAAUGGAUAAAUACCGUCUUUUUACCCCUGUAUCAUGCUGAAUUAGCUAAAUAUUCUAAGCAUAGAAAAUUUUCAAUUGAGAAAGACUCUUUUGUCGAUAGCAGUAACGAAUGGGGAAAUGGUGCAGAUAUUCGUAAACAAGACAAUCAGAUGACAGAAGUUGACAAUCGACAGGAUAGUGUCAAAGAGAAUACAGACGAAAAAAGUGGAGGCGGCGGCAAAGGCGGGAAAGAAGGAGAAGAUGUUAAGACAUGUUCAGAGAAUGAGAUUAAGCUACAGUCAAAUGCAUUGUUAUUUGAUACAUUCGGUGGUAAUAACCACCAUACAGAAGAUAAAAAUGAGGAUGGUGAAGUUGACGAACAAGAUGAUGACGAUGAUGGUGCUGAUGCUGAUGCUGAUGCUAAUAAUAAUAAAAAUAAGCUGAGUACUAGUAAUCUUCUCAUUGUAUAUGGUUACACAAUGGAUGCAUACACAUGCAUUAAUGGCCUGUUGAAUGCUGGUGUCAACGGGAAGUGUAUUAUUAUGAUACAACCACCACAGAUAGAAAAUCAUCCUCCAGCAUUUGACAGUUUAAUUAUUCAAAGAAAAGUACACGAACAUAUGAAAAGGCUAAAAAUUCGUAUUGGUUAUGAUUUCUUAUUGGAGUAUUGGAAUAAAGGUGAUGCUGGAUCAACAUCAGCACAUAUUGAAACGGUAACGUUUAGUUCAAGAGGAAAGCAAAUAACUAUACCAUGUUUAGGUUUAUUCUGCUUCCAUGUACGCACUGUCGAUAUGGAUGUUUUUGAAGCUCUGAAUAAUUCGUGUCUUGUUUUCGAUUCACGUUUGGUAAUUGAUAUAAACUUUCACACAAAUGAUCCGUCAAUACGAGCUGCUGGUCCAGUAACAAAAUUGAAACGAAUUUAUUACAACGAUUUUUGGAGACAUGAAAUUGCAUACAGUUUGGAAGUUGGUCGACGUUUAGGUGAUCAACUAUUAGAUUUAUUUGAUCCAAAUACUGAGAAACCGAAAAAACCGCCAACAGAUAAUUUAAAUAUUUUGCCAACAUUUAAUGAUCCGAAGAUAAUUUCCGCACAACUACCGGGUAAUUUAAACUAUCUACACUUUUCAAAACCAUGUUUAUGGGAACCGCUGGAAGUGAGAAUGAAAAAUCCAGAUUUUGGACGUUUAUUAGUCACCGGAGAGAAUAGCAAGGAGAAGAGAUACUUCUCAAUUCAUAUUAACAAGUACAGUUUAAUUGAAGGUGUAACCUGUUUAUCUGCAAAGGAGUUUCCUGUUGAUAACUACAUUGAACUUUACAAUCUUCAUGAAUACCUUCUGAAUCAUUUAGUGUCUAGAUUCGAUGAAGGCUUGAUUACUGACUUCUACGAAUAUUUUGAUGACAUAUGGCCUUUAGCAAUUUAUCAUGAUCGAUUUGCAGACUUUAGGUCUGAAAUACGCGGAUUAACAAGUACAUGUUUGCCUACAAUGAAUGAAUCCCUGGCAUCGAAAAUAGAGGCGAUCAUUGCAGAAAAAGACGAGGUACCAUUGAAGGAUUUUGAAGAAUUGAAAUCCUUAUAUAAUAAUGGAUAUAAAAAGGAUGUUGAACAACGUCUGAUUAAAUUUAUUUCACAUAAUUACAAUCUAUUACCAAUGUAUGCCAAACCAGAUCUUGUUUAGUGGAUUUCUACACACAUCUCUUUGCUUUGUCUUUGCUUUCUUUCCUUUCUACACUCUGUUGUAAUUCUUCUUGAAGAAGACAAGAAGACAGUGUGUAGAAUAUAAUAAUAACACAAUAUCAACAAUUGACAGCAAAUAGUAAAACAAAAAAACAAAUUGAAAUAUGGAACAUUUCAAAAAGAGUAGACAAACAAA